AUGAUUCAACCACCUAAGUAUCCUGGUAAUUACUCCGCUAGGAAGCAGAAGCGUUGGUCUCAGGGAAGCCGUAACUCUCAGAGCUCAGGACAGAUACGGACAGAUGCAGUGCACUCCCGUCUACAGCCUAACCAUAUCUUUCCAGCGCAGCUGUACUCGACGGAGUCUGGCCGCCUGUUCCACGCCGGCAAGGUGUUGAUCUGCCUGGUGGGUCUUCCAGCAAGAGGUAAGACCAGGCUCUCGGUGUCCUUGACGAGAUACCUCAGAUGGUUGGGUGUCAAGACACAUACCUUCCACGUGAGUGACUACAGAAGAGCAAAGUAUGCCAAUUUUGAGGAUGAUAUACCGGAUGACUACUUCAGAGCCGAGCCAACAUCGGAGGAAGGUGUGAGGAUGCGCCAGAGUAUCUUGCAAGACUGUCUGGAUGAUAUGCUCGGCUUCUUUGAGAAGGAUAAAGGCCAGGUUGCGGUCUAUGAUGCGUUGAACGUGCUGAAGAAGGACCGUGAGCUUGUGCAGGAGCUGUUCUCGAAGAACCACAUCAAGGUGCUGUUCAUUGAGAGUAUUGUUGAUGAUCCUUCUGUCAUCAACCGCAAUGUCCAGAACGCUGCUGCGUCGCCAGACUACGAAGGCUGGGACCCUGCGAAGGCCAGAAAGGAUUACCUGAAGAGAAUCAACGCCAAUGCUCCCAUCUACCAGCCUAUGAACGAAGACGGUGAUGAGUCUCACCUGCGUUACAUCAAGUUUAUCAACUUUGGUGAGAGAUUGAUCACCAACAAUAGCCAAUAUGGUUAUCUGGUGAACAGAAUCGUGUUCUUCUUGAUGAACUCAAGAAUCAAGACCGGAUGUGUAUAUUUUGCAAGAUGCGGUAAGAGCGACCUGGAUAAAUACGUUGAUGAUGAAGUGUUGAACGAGGAAGGUUUACAGUUCUCUGAGACAUUGGCUAACAAACUGCUUGAUACAAUCGCAAAGAGGAAGAAGGGCAGCCCUGUACCAGUCUCGUUGAAUGCAAGCUCAGGAUCAUCAACAGAUACUCUAGAGAAGCAUGCGUUUAGACAACCACCAACAGCUGAUGGUACGAACGACGAUUCGUUUGUUGUUUGGACAGCUACUCGUAAGAGAACCUCUGCCACUGCUGAUCCGUUCAGAAGACGUGGUAUUACGGUCCGUGAACGUUAUCAGCUCAAUCAGUUGAACCCAGGUGAGAUUGCAGACCUGACACUGGAGGAAGUGAAGCAGAGAUUCCCAGAUGAAUGGGCACAAGAUCAAGACGAUCCAUACCAUCACCGCUAUCCACGCGCAGAGUCCUUCCAUGACCUUGCGGUGAGAAUGGAGCCUCUCUUGUUGGAGAUGGAGCGUAUGAGUGGUGAUAUGCUCAUCAUUGCUCAUGAAUCAGCACUGGCUGUGUUGUAUGGCUAUUUGAUGGCAUGCUCUUGUUAUGAGAUUCCAUCGUUGCAGUUCCCAAGAGACGAACUGGUGGAGAUCUCAUACUCACCCUACGAGAACCAUGCCAGACGCAUCAAUAUCAACGACUAA